AUGUCAUCGUCGUUGGAUGGCCAGGCGAAAGUGCCCUUGGUCGGCCAGGUGGUCAAUGUCGCGUUGUCCCUGGCGGCCACGACGGCGCUGUCGCAUUUCCUGACGCAGCGCAUACUUGUCAUCAAGAUCUGGCGACGGCUUCCUUUCGUUGCGUGGCUCGUCUUUGCUAUAUACGUCGACUCGUAUUGCUUCGUGUUUGCGACGGCUAUGCUACAGCAUGCCUUUGGAUUUAUCUAUUUAUUUCUCGUCGAAAAGGCCCAUGUUGUUCGAGGAUCUGCCAAGCGCCGGCUGCAGUCCAGGUUGUAUAUUUUCAACUCGUUCGGUAUGCUGGGAGUAUACGUUGUGGUCGUCAUUCUCAAUUUCAUCUUCCGAAUCGCUCGGAUGGAGAACGGACAGUGCAUCAUUGGUAUGCAGAGCAUCUCCAUGAUUCCGCUGAUAUCAUUUGACGCCGUCGUCAAUGUCUAUCUGACAGUGCUCUUUCUUAUUCCCUUGAAGAACUUGCAUUCGUAUAAAAAUAUGCCACAGACACAUGCCAAUGCACGACUCCGAACGGUUGCUUUUCGGACCUUUGUGGGCUCGUGCUGCACGCUGGUGAGCAGCAUUGUCAACCUGUCUGUUCUGAUGGGGCUGAAUGGUGAACCUGGCUGGGUAUGCCUCAUGUGCUGCAACUGUGAUAUUUUAUUCUCUGCCAUUGUUAUACAAUGGGUGACAUCAAAGGACAAUGCCGGCACAUCCAUCCACAGCUCCAUCCGGGCCUGCAACAUCAACGGCAAUGACGGUCCGCAUCACCGGCCUUCCACGGCAGCUCGUGGCGGCAACAGUCCCCGCCGGAGCUUUUCGCCUUGCCUUCUUGACGCAGGCAGCACGCUGCCCUCGACACCAGCCGACCUAGCACUCACGACCACGACACGAUGCUGCUCACACGGCGCCGACUACGAUGUGGAGUCGUGCGACUCACUGAGCAUGACGGCGGCCAAGAUGCUUGCCGCGGAGCAGAAGCGUCCGACUGUCAUUGUGACGACGACGAUUGAGCGCGAAACAGCGCCCAUUGGCUCUCUGCAGCUGUCGCCGCUGUCGCAGAGGCUGCCGCAUAAGCUGCUGGGCAGGCACCGCAACUCCCAGGUCGACACCGAGGUGGCUGCCACUGCGCCAUGCACUCCCGGCGAACAGAGGCAGAGCAGCAAAAGCAUUGCGCCGUGGGCCACGUACACGGGGCAUACGCUGCAUGGAAGGUCGUCGCCGUGA